GGAUGAAAACCCCUAAAUCAGAGAGUCCCCCUUCACCCACAACCCAAUAACAAAUUCAUCAAAACUCAAACCUCAUAAUCAAAUCACACAGAAACACCCAUGGAAGCUAAACCCUAACAAACUCAAACCUCCAACAAUCACUUCCUCUCAUCCAAUGUUCGCAACAAAGAACCUUCAAAAGCGCUGCUUUCAAACCCUCACAUCCCGCUUCAUCACCAAUUACUCCAAGGAUGUGAAGCUGUUAACAGAUGUUACGACCAAUUUGAAACCGAGUUAUGCUGUUGUUCGGUCCGAAUUUGGGAUCAGAGAUGAUAAUUGGUUGUGGAGUUGUUUCGAUGGGCGUCGGAUGUAUUCGACAUCAAAAGGAAGGAGUAUGAGGAGUAAAGUGGAGAUGCGGAUGAAGAAAGAGUCUGGGAAAACACUAAGGGAGAUCCAGCGAGCUAAGAAGCUUCAGAAGAAGUUGAUGACUGAUGAAGAACGCCUCAUUUACAAUCUUAAAAGAGCUAAGAAGAAAGUGGCAUUACUGCUUCAAAAGCUGAAAAAAUACGAGCUGCCGGAGUUACCACCUCCAAGGCAUGAUCCUGAGCUAUUGACCCCUGAGCAAAUUCAGGCGUUAAAAAAGAUCGGUUUCAGAAACAGAAAUUACGUACCGGUUGGUGUUCGUGGAGUGUUUGGAGGUGUGGUUCAAAACAUGCACAUGCAUUGGAAGUUCCAUGAAACCGUGCAAGUUUGCUGUGAUAACUUCCCGAAAGAAAAGAUUAAGGAAAUGGCAACCAUGCUUGCAAGAUUAAGUGGUGGCAUUGUAGUCAACAUACAUAACGUCAAAACGAUCAUCAUGUUCCGCGGUAGAAAUUACAGACAACCCAAGAAUUUGAUACCAAUCAACACGCUUACCAAAAGAAAGGCGUUAUUCAAAGCGAGAUUUGAACAAGCGCUCGAUUCUCAAAAACUUAACAUAAAGAAAAUAGAGCAGCAACUUAGGAGAAUGAACAUAAAUCCCGAUGAUCCAGUUGCAAUGGCGAGCAUACAAAGAGUGGCAUCGACUUUCUUUAACGCGAUAGACAAAAAAGAAGGAAGCCCGUAUGUCUUCCAGGGUGAAAAACACAGUGGGCCCGGGCCCGCUACUGUAAACAUUAAGGAACCGGAAUCUGGCGAAGACAGUGAUCAAGAAGAACUUGAUAAGUUCAUAGCGGAGAUAGAAGAUGCGGCUGAUAAAGAAUGGGAAGUGGAAGAAGCCGCAGAGAAAGAAGAAGUUAACAGAAUUCGGUAUUUGUAUCGGGAAGAUUAUGAUGGUAGAUAUACGAAACCGGGAAUGGGCAGGAUGGCCCCACAGAGGGGUGGUGGUAGUGAGAAUGAUGAGGUGGAUGAUGACGGCGAUGAAGUUGACUCAGAUGAAGGUCCGUCUUAUGAUGUUCCUAAAGUGGAAAGAUGGAAGAGUGGUAAGAAUGGAAGAGCGGCUAAUGGUGGGAGAUUUAACAGCAGAGAUGAAGAAGAAUCUGAGUCGGAAGACGUGUUGGAUGAUUUGGAAAAUAUCAUGUUUGAAUCGGAUGAAGAAAAUGAAUCAAAGUCGUCAAUAAAAGCUACAAAUUAUGAAAAUGAAAGAAAGGAGAAAACAACGAAAAAUGCGGACGAAGAUUGGGAUAGCGAUUAGCUUGGAGGUAGUGAAUCAUAUAAGCUAAAACGAAAUGGAGAAUUUAUUAUUUGUUUUGAGGCGGUACAACUGAAUCAGUCUGAAGAUUUAACAAAAAAAAUUGUGAUGAAGGCAACAUUCUGAGUCAAAUAUGCAGGAUGGAGCACUUGAGAUGGUUGCUGCUUUUAUUGAGUGAAUCUGAAAUUUUGAUUUGUAUUGGUUAAUUGCCAUGAGAUUGUGUAGGGAGUUCUCAUGCUUGUAUUACAAUAUUUUCAUAAUAAAAACUGGUUAUACUAAUUAUCAUUG